AUGUUGAUUGGACCAGGUCUGCCCAGAAUCUACACAGAUAAAGCCAUCUGUGUCCUGUUCAAACUCAGCCAGGACCAGACUCCUUGGUGCCGUCUUUCUUACCCACUUGACCUCUGCUGUUAUGGGGCUAAGACACUUGCACUGCACAAAGUGCUGAGGGAUCUGACAGCGCUCUCAGCCCUAGCAGACAGACACAGACUUCGGAGAGACCUGCAGGGCAGGAAGAAGUUCUUGAAAGCGUUUCCUCGCUUGAGAGCAGAGGUGGAGGAGCACAUCCGGCAGCUCCACGCCCUGGCUGAGCACACUGAGGGGGUGCACAGGGGCUGCACCAUCUCCAAUGUCGUGGCUGACUCCUUCAGCACUGCCUCUGACAUCCUGGGCCUCCUUGGUCUGUUUCUGGCACCAGUGACAGCGGAGGGCAGUCUGAUGCUGUCCUCUGUUGGGCUGGGGCUGGGAGUAGCAGCCACUGUGACUAAUGCCGCCACCUCCAUCGUGGAGGAAACAAGCAGGAUUUUGGAUGAAGUUGAAGCCGGUCACCAGGCCUCACCUGGCCUGGAUGUGUUGGAGGCUGGAACAACCGUGGCGAGGAUUGCCAGCAAGUUCCCUCAGGCUACCAGAGAUAUCACCAAAGACCUUGAAGCCCUUCAGCAGCACAUGGAUGCCCUCAGGCUGGUUAGAGCCAACCCUGGCUUAGAAGAAGAUGCCAGGAUCCUUGCCACCACCGGAAGGAUCCUUGCCCAACGUGCUAGAAGGGUACAGGCCACCUUGAAAGGAACCCCUCUGGUGAUGAGCAAUGACGCCCGGAUCAGGAGUGCCACCACUGCAGGUGUGUCUCUCCUGCAAGAUGUUGACAGCCUUGUGAAAAAGUCAAAGCAUUUGCAGGAAGGGGCACAGUCAGAGUCGGCUGAAGCUCUCAGGAAGCUGGCUGAGGAGCUGGAGGAGAAGUUGGGGAAGCUCGUCAAAUUCUACAAGGCACUCUGAUCAGGCCCUGUCCCCCAAGACAAGCUGGGGUCAGGGGAAAGGAACUGGACAGAGCUGGGGACAGUGUUAGAAGGGGAACAAGGGUCCAGUCAAGUCCAUGGGACAGAGAGUCAAGCCUCUGACUGAUCAUGGCAGGUUAGUGUGCACAGCAGUAGGUCAAUGAGUCCAACUGGAGCCUGAGACCAGGACCAGAGGAUGUGCUGAAGAGGGACUGGAGAGAGUGGUCUCUGCACUAAACAUGGAAGAAACCACUUGUC